AUCCGCGACCCUGCCCUCUUUCCCUCCCACUCCCGCUCCUCCCUCCCCGCCGCCGCCGCCGCCUCUUCCACCAGCGCACGAUGGACCAGACGCCGCAGCGCCGCCGCCGGAGACGCGCCGAGGCCGCCCCCUCCUCCGACGCCGCCCCGGACGCGGCGGGGUACAGCCUCGACGAGCCGACCUUGGCGGAGAAGCUCGCGGCGCUGGACCCGCCCGCCGACGCGGCGGGUGUCGCCGCCGUGGUGCCCCCCAGCGCGGACUCCGUCCACGUCCUGCUCAGGCAGGCCCUGCAGGCCGACGACCGCGCCGCGCUGCUGGGCUGCCUCUACAACCGAGACGGCAAGGUUAUCGUGAAGUCGGUAUCACUUCUGACCCCAGCAGACGCUGUGAAGUUCCUCAAAUCCAUGGUAUCGCUCAUGCAGUCUAGGGGUUCAGUACUGGUUUGCUUGCUCCCAUGGCUACAAGCUCUGCUCGGCCGACACAUGAGCAGCAUAGUGUCUCAGGAGUCCUCUCUGCUGCUGCUCAACUCGCUCUAUCAGCUGAUUGACGCACGAACAUCGACCUUCGCGUCGUUGCUCAAGCUGUCUACCUGCCUAGAUUAUCAUUUCAGCGAGAUCUGCGAUGACGGAUCCGAUGAAGAAGAGGGAGGCCCUCCGCUUAUCUACGAGGACAUGGAUUCCGACGAGGAAGAUUCUGAAGUUGAUGAUGCUAUGGAAACCGAGGACAAGGGGACUGACAAGGAAGAGUCUGAAGUCGAUGAUGAGUGAGAGAGAUCACAGCAUUUGAACUCUGGUUGCUAGUAACUGUACUGUAACUCUGGUUGCUUGUAACUGUUUGAGACACGCUGCGUCAUAGACAAGAAGUUUUGAUCAUGGUGAAAAUUCCUCAAAUUUUUGUUGCUAA